UCACUCACACACACACACACACACACACUUCCCUCACACUUUUCACUCAGCUACCCAAGAUGGCGGCAGCGUCAUCCAUCCAGCCGCCGAGCGUUCACUCUUCUCUAGCCGGGGAGAGCGCACUUUCCCCGGAGAUGGACAGCCCCGAGAUCCGGCAGCCAGAGGAUGAGGAGGCGGCAGCGGCGGCGCAGCCCUCCGACUCGGGGAUUAGCCUCCGCGACCUGCCGGACCUGGAGCCGGAGGAGAUCGAGAGGAGGUUGGCCAAAACUCGCCAGGAGCUGAGCAACAGGAGGAAAAUUCUCAUUAAGAACCUGCCGCCUGACACAACUAACCAGGAAGUCCAUGAAAUUCUGAAAGAAUAUGAACUGAAGUACUGCUUUGUGGACCGCAACAAAGGCACAGCCUUUGUGACUUUGCUGAACGGGGACCAGGCUCAGGAUGCCAUCCGCUCCCUCCAUCACAGCACUGUCCGGGGACGCUUGAUCAACGUUACGCUGCAGCCCACUGACUCCCUACUCUGCCUCACCAACCUGCCCCACACCUUUACUGCCCAGCAAUUUGAGGAGCUGGUACGCGCCUAUGGAAACAUCGAGCGCUCCUUCCUGGUCUACAGCGAGCUGACAGGCCACUCCAAAGGAUAUGGGUUUGUUGAAUACAUGAAGAAGGAUUCUGCGUCACGGGCCCGUUCUGAACUGCUGGGCCGACCGCUGGGUGAUCGCUCAUUGAUGGUUCAGUGGAUGGAUGUCAACCAGCUGAGCCAAGAGGAGAACCUGCACUCCAAAUGUCUGUGUGUGAACCGGCUGCCGCUCGACCUUUGUGACUCUGAAGAACUGACCCAGCUCUUCUCUGAAACCUACAAACCUGUCUUCUGCCAGCUUGCUCAGGAUGAAGGCAGCCCAGUCCGAGGCUUCGGUGUGGUGGAGUAUGAGAGCGCAGAGCAGGCAGAGGCUGUGCUGAUAGAGAUGGACCGAACACUGGUCGGAGGACAGGAGGUCCGUCUGUCACUCUGCACUCCCGGCACCUCAGGGAGAAGCACCCUGGCUGCACUCAUCGCCGCCCAGGGUAUGAUUCUGACUAAUAGGAAAGGUCUGCUACCAGAACCCAACCUAGCCCAGCUGUUGACCAGUAUGACCAACCCUGCAGCCCUGCAGAUCCUCAUGAGACCGUACCACACUGGGAAAAGAGGAGGUAUGACAGGAGGGAAGUACGGGCGUCAUGCCAGCUUACCGUUCCUCAGACCUCCUCUCACCACAGCUCUGCUCACAUUGGGAAAAGCACACCAGAAUGCAAUGCUUGGUAACGGACUAGUCCUUCAGAACCUCUUGCAUAUGCAGCUCGCACAGCAACAGCUUCUACACAUCAAAGACAAACGCAUCAGCAGUGUCUCCAGUCUGCUCGGAGACCCGUCCAGGCUGCUGAUGCAGAAAGCUUUGUCUCUGCGGUCUCCAGGUCUUGUGUCGCUGGGGAAAGGCCUCCUGGGAGACUCUCCUACAGAGUUGGGCCAGGAGUCAGUGCCAUCAUCUACCCACAAUGCCACAGUAGUGGUAUCAGCAGCAGGUGUGAUGCCAUAUCUCCAAGGUCGAGCUGGAGGGGGAGAACAAAACAGCACCCAUUCUAUCUCCACAAACCCUUGUGCUUCCUCCUCCUCUUCUUCCUCCUCCACCCCCUGUGACAGGCAGCCAGCUCCUCCUGGGACCAUGAUGAGCUCCCAUCUGCAGGGACAGAGCUAUUCCUUGGGUAUAAGUAACUCAGGCCUUGGCCCGCCUCAACCUAUACCCCCUGGAGGAGUUUAUACGUCAACAGGCCAGCACAACAGUUCAGAUGGCUGCCCCCUGGCUAACAUGGUAAGCACUGGUCAAAGCUCUCUGUUGGGCGAUCCUCCUAAAGAAGUCAGACUGCCCUCCAAUCCUUACCUGAACCUGGCCAGCGUAAUGCCAGGGGUGGUCCUGCAAGGGUCAGUGGGGAGUAAAGCCCAGGGAGGACAGCCAGGCUCCGGGCUGUACAGCACCUCAGUUGCUCCCGUCGUCUCCCAGGGCUCUGGCUCCUUCUCCCACAGCGCGGCAGCUACAACAACAGCCCCAUACACCACUGAUACCUCCACUGACUACAGCCAAUACAACCAGGCCUACACACAGGAGGCCAUGCAGCAGUGGUACCAGCACUACCAAGCAGCACAAGCUCACACCUACACCACUGCUGCUCCACAGGACAGCACGGCCACAGACUACAGCAAGGAGCACACACAGGCUCCACCAGUGUCGACCUACGGGGAUUACAGUUCCUACAUGCAGGCGGUCACUCAGUACUACUCCCAGCCUGCAACAGCCAACCAGGCCUACGCCACCAAGGAGGUAGAUGUGUGUAAGCCUUUAGGAGUCUCUCUGCACGCGGUCAGUAAUGGCGCGGCCCCUCCACCGGCCGUCCUACCAGCUGCUGCCGUGCUCCCAGCCUACAGCACCCUGCCUUUAAUGCCCGGCUUCCUCGGGGCACCACACCCGGUGGCAGCCACAGCAACCCCUGGCACGCACGCACACUCUGCCGCCACUGACUGGAACACCUACUACUAUAACCAGACACGGGGCCAUAAGAGGGAGUACCCUCAGCUGGCAGUGCAGGAAAUUACAUCAUCUGAUGGUGCCUACAUCGGGCAGCACUCCCAAGGCCUGGGAGGGCAGUAUGCUGACUACUUUAAGAGGAAGAGGCUCUAGUAUGAACCAAAACCACCUUAAAGCCUAAAGCUUAUGGAGGGAGGCAAACACACUCAGCAUCUGCUCACAGCUCCCUCUAGUGGCCUUUCUGUGGCAGCCAUUUUGCAUCCCUACAGUAGGUAUUGAGUUUAAUAGAAUUUGGGGUUGCAAAUGGCUCAAGUGAAAGUAAGCCAUAGUGCUCUUUGAUCCUGGCACUACACACACACACACUCUCUCUCUCACACACACGCACACACAUGCACACAAACAUGGUGUUGCUUUUGUCCUGUUCAAGCCUUAACUCUUAAAUUUAAAAUGUUGUCUCUCAACUGUGCAAAACUAAUAUUACCAUGUACAUUUUUUCUAGUAUAAUUUAAACUAAAGUAUUCCGUUAUCUACACGUAUAAGCUGCUUUUGUAUUUGCAGCCAGGCGACAUGUCUGCCUGCUGAAACUGUCAUAGGACUGGUCUUCCAGUCAAGUCUGUCCCUCUCUGUCUCCUUUCAAAAGAAAAAUGUGUCUGGCGUUGCACACUCACUCUUUGAUUAGUCAGUCGAACUGACACUUGUAUGUUCUAGCUUCAGUGUCCUUUCUCUUUUCCUUUUAUUGGCCCAGGUUCCUCUUUUAUAUAUCCCCCGUGGAGAGUGUGUGUGUGUGUGUGUGUGUGUGUGUGUGUGUGUGUGUUUACACGUGCUGAUAUGCUGUUUCUGUAGGAAGUGUCAGCCAUUUCAAUCCCAAGGUUUGGGAGCACAUCAGGAAAAAAAGGGCCUGAACUAAUCAACGCCCUUAAUUGUGGUGACUUACAAUAGCUUCCCUAAAUGAAUGGACUUUCUUAGAAAGACUGGAUCAUAAAAUAAAAAGGCUGGUGUAAAUACCGUGUGUAAUACAGAAUAUAUAAAGCCAUGCGUCAGACAAUAUCCUAUAUAAUGGUCAUUUCCCAGCUCCUUUUGUGAGCGUAUUGUACUACAUGAAUGAAAGGAAAGCAUUUAUUACAUGUCUGCUUUUUUUCAGUCUAUACUGAUAUAUAUUUGUAAUAUAAUAAUAAUCCAAGGCAAUUCAAGUAAUUUAUUAAUAUUUAAUCAAAUGUGUUGACUUUAAUGUAGUUAUCUGGUUUGGUUUUUAACAUUUAAGCCAAAUAAUAGGGCACAGUCCUUUCUUCUUUUCUCUUCUCUUCUAUCUAUUGUAACCCAUUUGGGUGUUUUGAUCUGUUGAGACUGUAACAGGAGCUAUGGUUUGAGGCUGUAAGUGUGUCCCGAAUCCAUACUACACACUAACUCGAAGCAGGUUUUGAGGAUGUAGCGCAUUUGCCAAAGCAACAAAAACAGGAACACCUGAACAAACUAUGUUGCUGUCUCUUUGUGAAGUUGAAUUGGUAGUGAUAUUCCAAAGUGACAGUUUUAUUGCAUUUGCAUGAUGCACAUAUUGCAUCAUUUCCUUUUAAAAGAGUAAACUGUGUUGAUUUGUUUCUAUGCUGACUGCAAAAACAGGAAUACUAUAAAGAUAAGUAUAUACUGAAUAUGAUUGGUAUGUAGUAUGAGAUGGGGACACAGUCUUUAUCAUUUGAGGGAAUGUACAAUUUUCCAACUCAAAAAUGUUUUGCUCAUCACAUGCUACUAUAUAACAUGCCACCAUGCCUGUGUUUUUUUAAUGUGUGCUGGUAGAAUUUCUGCAGCUUUUAAUUUAACGUUUUUGGGGAAACAAAAAAAAGCCAACUAUAAAUGUUAUAGGUGAUCUCUUUCCGACUGCUUUUACAAAGAGAAAUUAUUCUUUGUGAAAAAAUACUUUUAAAACUAUUUUUGUUAUUAUUUCAAUCCCGUUUUUACCACUGCCAUUAUCAAUAUUAGAGCAAAGCUGUGAACUCAAUUAUACUUAAUGUCUAGAAGGUUUGUUUGAUGUUUAUUACUGAGGCGAGGGUUUGAUAUUUUAAUAUUACAGCUUGAACAUUAGGUUUGUUAUGUGCACAGACCUCUUGUCUAACACACCGGCAAUAACUAAGGCUCCUACUACUGUAGAAAGUCCAAUGUAAAAUGUUUCUUUCCCAGUGUAAAUGUUUUGCCAUUCACACAGCAUUAUAUACUCCUACGUAAUAGCUCAUACACUUGGUAAAAGCUUUUUUUUUCUUUAUAUGUGUCUUUGUAUUCUGCUUGUAACUAUCUGUAUGACUGUAUGACACAGAGCAGAAUAUUACUGGUAUCGUCAUGGCAACCACGCUCACACACUGUGAAACCCAAUAGGAGGUGAGAUCGGAUAAAGCAUACACAUCAGUUAAUAUGUGGUGUGAGUUUCUGGGAUAACAGCUUGUUGUAAACAGGAUGUACAGUACAUGAUGUUUACAUGUGCGGACACAAUAAUAGAAUAAUAGAAGAGUUGAGUGUCUUUGGUGAUGUAGGAGCGGUGGUGUGCAGGUACGCAAGUACUAAUAAAAUGGCUUAACAUUAAACUAAGGGCAAUACAUAUCCCUCUA